UACAUUUCAUAGCUUGAGUGAACAUGUACCCUGCUGAGAUUGCUAGUGUUCCAUACUUAUCUCCUGCAAGUGCAGCCUCUUUCAAACCUCAUUACCAUGCAGCUACAAAUGACUUCCUCUUCCAGUAUAGCAACCUUCUGGUGCCUCACCCUUCGUACUACCAAGAUGUUGCCCACCUGGUCCAUGAAGCAAGCUUGCCAGUUGGUAAUAAAUCCAAUUCCGAGGAGUCAGAUGAUUAUCAACGCAGCCUGGCAGAAGAGCGCAGGAAGAGAAGGAUGAUAUCCAAUAGGGAGUCUGCCCGGCGAUCACGCAUGAGAAAGCAGAAGCAGUUGAGUGAGCUCUGGUCGCAGGUUGUUCACCUGCGCAGCACCAACCGUCAACUCCUUGAUCAGCUGAACCAUGUCAUCAGAGACUGCGACCGUGUUCUCCAUGAAAACUCGCAGCUGAGAGAUGAACAAACAAAAUUGCAGAAGCAGCUUGAGAAGCUCCCUGUAGAGACCCCAGAGAGUGGCGUCAUGAAUCCUGACUCUUGAAAAUCCAGGAUUACAUGUGUUAGAUGUGAUAAUUUGAGACUUAAACUAAGAGGCUUCCUUGGUAUGUCCUGAGGCUUUCAAUUUUGCAUCUUUGCUCUGGUAUUCGGUAUCAAUGUUAGUAUGUAGCUGUUGAGUGGUGACCGGAGAGUUCUCCAUUUUCUUUAAUCAUAUUCUAUUGAAUGUCACAAAAGGAUAAAAUAACAUUGAGCUUUGUAAGUUAUUUUCUCAGAAGAGGGUGAUAAGAUAAAUCUGUUAGCAGAAUUAAUAGUUAUCUACAGGAGGUGAGUAAGCUAGCCACUCGAUUCCAUAGUUAUCCAGCAUAGACGGUCACAGGGACUAAAUAAAUUCACAAAAACUGGAAAACAUCGCGUGAUUAGCAAAAUGCACUAGUCAAAAAAUCUCCUUUUGGCUACAAGGAAAAUAAAGAGUUAUAAGAAUUUCCUGCACGACAUUAUAGUUUCUUACAAAGAGCUGAUCAGGUAGGGUACAUAGAGGAACUGUAUAACAAUAUGAAGAUGUAAUCACCAGUUCAAUACAAGUCUGGUACAUAUUCAUAUGAACUGUAUAAUGUCUUGAUAAAGAUUUCAUACUGUUAGUGGCAAUAGCCCAUAGUGGAGCAUUCCCAUAAAAAGAAAAGAAAGGGUGCUGUCAAAGCACUACUGAGUGCAAGGGCAGUUACCUUUCUUCCUCUGCAAAUUCAAUUGGCUGCAGACUCCUGAAUCGGAUAUGCAAACCCGAACAUGCCAAAUCUGACAUAUGGUCAAUGCACCUGAUUGUGCAGAUU